CACGUUCGAAUGUCAAAUAUGUAGAGUGAUUAUUGAAAAUAAUAAACGAAAGGUUCACUCAAACGAUCCGAUACAUAUUGAUACCAUUUUGGUUUGAUUCUGCAUAGUAAUUCGCAUUAAAUCACACUCUCUUCAUCCAUUAAAUUAACAAAACACAAAAGAUCAAGACAACACAGUAGCAGCAGCAGCAGCAGUAGCAGCAAUGGCAACUAACGAAGAAAGCGUUGUGGAUAAUAUGAAACAUUGUUAUGAGAAUUUGAUUUUAAUUGAUGUUGGUGCAAAUUUAACAAAUAAAAAAUAUAGCCGUGAUCUUGACGCAGUUGUACAAAGAGCACAAGAUUCAGGUAUUCAUCCCCUUGAUUCCAAAUCGGUGAUUGAGGAGCCAGAGAGCUGGGUGGAAUACGAAUCAAUAGCGAAUCAACCAGAAUGUGUAGCGAUCGGUCCGUGCGGAUUAGAUUACCAAAGAGAUUUCUCCGAGCCCAAUGUGCAAAAACAAAUAUUCGAAAAGCAACUAGAAUUAGCGAUUCAAUUGAAAAAGCCAGUUUUGAUACACGAACGAUCUGCUCAGGAAGAUGUUUUGAAUAUACUCUCAAAAUUCCCAAGCAUAACACAGAUAGUAAUUCGUGGUUUUAUGGGCUCAACUGAAGACGCUUUAGUGUAUUUGUCUCGAGACUAUUACUUGGGUUUCACUGGCUAUCUCUGCAAAGAUAAAUCUGAUACGGGUGUUCGAAAAUUGCUCGAAGGCGGUGAAUUGCCGCUCGAGAAAAUUUUGGUCGAAAGUGAUGCUCCGUUCAUGUAUCCCAAUACUCGUGCUUCCAAACUUCCACAACACGUUAAAACUGGUAUCACUGAACGCUCACAACUCUUUUUACAUAGAUAUUGCACAUUUCAACGAAACGAGCCCUGUAGCUUGCCGGCAAUUGUUGAAAUGAUUGCUGCCUUAAUGUGUAAAAAACCAGAAGAUGUGGCCUUGGCGACCGCCUUCAACGCACUCAAACUUUUUGGUUUGUCACAAUGAACAAACAAAAAGGAAUGCGUUGCGACUGUUUUGUAUGAUUUCAAAAAUUUUAAAAACAAAUUCUCAUUUCAAUUGGACAAAUGGCACAAAAACACACACAAAUACACAUAUUUUUUAGACAAAUAUUUUGAUAUUGAAACUUUUUGUCAAUAUGACAUGAAUAAUAUAUUUAGUAAAUAUUACCUGUUGUCUUGCCAAAAUUUCUACAUAGAUUAUUUACAACGAAUACGAUACUAUUUUUUUCUUCAAUUGUUAAGUUUCUGAUUCGGCAGAUUGUUCUGUUGAAACACCUCAGUUUAUAUAUAUACGAAUUGCGAAACGAGCCAAAAGAUGUUACAGAUAUUUUUUUUUGUCAUAUCGUCAAAAAUGAAAAAUGUUUUGAAUAUAAUGAGCCCAUUUAUAUUGAAACAUAUCAGGUACAUUCUUAUUACCGUUGGAGCUAUUAUUGAUGAUGAGGUUCUUGUUAGAUUUAUAUAUUUUGCAAUGUGCAUCAUAUCACAAAACUUGAGAUUGUUUCUUUUUUUUGUCUAAAUUUACUAUUUGUUGAUAAGCAAAUUCAAUGUAUUUGUGAUCACAUGACAGCUGAAUAUUUAAAACGGAAAUUGUUUAGUGCUAAAUAAUUGUUUUCGACACAUUGGUUCACAUUACUGAAAUACUGGAGGUACCAUUGAAGACAGAACACCCUGCACCCUAUGUAUAUACAAAUGAGAUGAAAUAUAUUUUUGUAAAAAUUGACUCCAA